CUUAACCAACGUGAUCCACUUAGAGGUUUCGAGCCCACUAAAUUGGAUUAGAAUUUUAUCCGAGCCCACUAAAUUUUUGUAACUAAUAACGGUUUGUGACCAUUUUGUCAUUCACCAAAAGUUAAGUGAGCAUUUUUGGCCAAUUACCCUCAAAGUCUUCUUAUCACCGAAAAUUGUCAUAUUCGGCGGUGGAAGAAGUAAGAACUAAGAAGUCCGAUUCAACUCCGUCGACCCUUUUCUGAAUCCUAUUAUUUCUCUGUCCCCUUCUUCUGAUGGCGAAUCCGUACAGAUCCAGUGAAGGUCUAAGCGCGCGACCGGUAUUGACGGGUUCCGCCGACGAAGUUCAAUUGAGGAUCGACCCGGUUCACGCCGACCUCGACGAUGAAAUCCUCAGUCUUCAAAGUCAAGUUAGCCAGCUGAAAAAUGUAGCCCAAGAAAUUGAGUCCGAAGCAAAAUAUCAGAAUGACCUUGUAUCUGAUUUGCAAAGAUUAUUGAGCAAUGCUGAGGCAGGGGUGAAAAAUGGGAUGAAGAAACUGAAUAGAACAGUUACGCAACACAGAUCAAAUCACAUACUACAAGUAAUAGUAUUUGGUCUGAUGUGUUUUGCUGUAGUCUAUAUGUGGACGAAAGUCUGGCGUAGAUAAGAUUCGGCUUAAGAUUCAUACAUGUUUUCUGUUAUGGUACUUGGCUGGUACUAUAUCAUUCCCCAGUCUACUUAGAUAUAUUCAUGUAGUUUGCUGCAGUCCGACAGUUGCCCUGUAAACAUAUCUGCAAGUGUUCGAAAUGUUGCUCACAGAAGAUCGACGUUUGGUCUUCAACUUACUUAUUGAGGGGAAUGGAAGGAAUUGGAGUGAUUUUUUUAAUCUGUUCUGUUUUCAAUGCUGUCUGUGUAUGUUUGUGAUGAUGGAUUAUUGAUGGCUUAAGUAAUGGGAGACUUCAUUCGUACACAAGUUGCUUGAAACCAGCAUUUUUGGAGCAGUGUGGUCUGCACAUCUGCGAGCAAUCUAUUUGAUUCCUUGAGCAGGUACAGAAGAAAAAACAUUAUAACAU